AUGUCACUAAUAUUAAAAGCUAACGCACCGAGUGACUCGACUCGGCCGAGCGACUAUCCUAUGGACGAAGACGCGACGAGGGAGCCGAGUCGGCUCUGCCCCGCCGCGUCCCGUGUGCAUUCGAGUGAUCAAACGAGACUUGCUGUCGAACGAUUCGCCUCUAUCGGAAAAGUCUACAAAAAUAUCGAUAUAUUCAACAAUGAAUGCUGCGUGCCUCGAAGCUCUUGUGUCAGUGCAGUACGAAGUGUCGUCGUCUCCAAACCGCCUACUCUCUAA